UUAUUUAAUACUAUCUUGAAACCAUUCUCAUAUGUAUUUUAUUUCAUCGCACGCUUUCGAACAUUGUAAUACGUCGCUGGCGAUUAUUGCGGGAACGCUCAGAUUUGCGGCAACGAAAAUAUCAAGUUCUCGUCUCUUUCAAACUUCGGGAGUUCAGAAAAUUCAUUAAAUAUGGUAAAAUUAACUCCCGAGUUGAUACAACAGUCAAUGCAGUACAUAAAUCCAGUGAGAGAUCGAGAGUUGGAUCUUAGAGGAUAUAAAAUACCCACCAUUGAGAAUUUGGGAGCAACGUUGGAUCAGUUUGAUACGAUAGACUUCUCAGACAACGAUAUUCGCAAGGUGGAUGGGUUUCCACUUCUGAAGAGGAUUAAGACUUUGUUCUUUAACAAUAAUCGCAUUGUCAGAAUUGGUGAAGGUCUGGAACACUGUAUACCGAGUUUGGAAACUCUCAUGCUCACAGGAAACAUGAUUCAAGAUCUCGGAGAUCUGGAUCCACUAGUGCCGCUGAUAAAUCUUAAGAGUCUAUGCCUGCUACAGAAUCCAGUAUCGGCGAAGCCACAGUACAGGCAGUAUGUCAUUUAUAGGUUGCCACAACUACGUCUGCUUGACUUCCGUAAGGUCAAACUAAAGGAGCGUGAGGCAGCCACGGUUUACUUCAAGAGCAAAAAGGGCAAGGAAAUGGCAUGUGACAUUGCGAAAAAGGCAAAGACGCAGGCACCAGGCACUGCUAUGGAGAAACCGUUAACCAGCUCAGAUGAACGAUCCAAAAUCAGAGAAGCUAUUACAAGUGCAUCUUCACUUGAGGAAGUUCAAAGAUUAAGUAAAUUACUUCAAGCUGGUCAUAUACCCGGGGAAGAGAAACUUCACAAUGGUACGGGAGCACCAGAAGCUAUGGAAGAGGAUGAUGAUUGAGCUGUACAGGUUUAUUUUUACGUCCAUAAAUUAAGUAUCGAUCUAACGACUAAGUGUAAGUAUACCAUGAAAUGCGGUCCACAUGUCAACGUGUUGCCUUUAAUUAUUAAGCUCAUAAGAACAUGCAACUACCUUUAAUUACGAAGCUCAUAAAAGUAUGAAAACUACACGAAUAGGGUCUUCUAAAAAAUUGUAUUAAGAGAAUCGCAGUACGAAAUUGCUUAGAAAUAAAAUUUCGAAAAUAAGAAACAAUAAUGGUUUUGAAGCUUUGAAGCGAUUGAAGUGAGUUUAUAUUAAACUCUGAAAAAGUUAAUUCAGUUUUGUAUUCGUUUCAGUGGGCAGAAAAAAUACAUUCGUUUUCUACAAA